AUGGAGAGAGUCACUGACUGGAUGGUGCUGAUAUGUACGGUCGACACCGACAUCUAUGAAGAGGACUAUUCGUGCCAGGGGAAAGAUAUCAUCGCCGUGAGGUUCACAUCAGAUCGGGCGACCUUCCCGCCUGGCGUCGGUGCGGCCAACUUGUACCAGUUCAGGCGGGACCUCACGGCGGUGGAGAUGCAGCAGAUCGACCAGACCGCGUUGGACUAUUGUAGGGCAGCGCUGACCGCCGACCACCAGCGCCUGCGGCUGCCUGUUCCCGGCGGGCCGUUCCUGGUGCCGCUGACCUUCGGCCCAGCUGGGGAUGGUGGCCCAGCCGCGGGCGCCGCGCCGGCCGCCGCGGGCGCCGCACCCCUGGUCGCCGCUGCGCUGGCCGCCCCAGCGGCGAUGCUUGCCGGCGCGGCGGCUGCGCCUCCCCCUGCGGGAGGAGCGGCGCCGGGCGGCGCGGCUGCGGCAGGGCCGGGGGCUGCGGCCCCGGUGGCUGAGGCGGCGGUCUGGGUGCUGGUCGAGUCGACGACGGCGGGCCGGCGAGGGGCGGUGGUGAUUCCGCCCGCCGGCUCGGACUUCCGCGGGGCCGCCGGCUUGAUGCCUCACGCUGACGGGACGUUGGUGGCGAUCCGUUCGAUAUCCGAGCCCGCGCAGACCUACGCUGGUCGGGGGGCCGCCUCGGACGCCAGACUGAUGAGCAUCGUCGCGAACCCAGCGGCUCCUGGCGGCAGGCUCCUUAGGCAGUGGCGUGACGCGGUGGCCACCUUCACGGAGGAGUCAUUCGUGGAUUGGUGCAUUCCAGGCCCACGCACGUGCUUCUGUUGCUGCAAGAGCAUAGACAGACGUCAGGGUGGCCCGCUUGAUCAUUUCAGGUUCUGGAAGUCCACCUUGGGGCUGCCGACCGAGGACUACGGGGUCAGCGACUACAAGGCGAGUGCGCGGGCCAUCUACACCCUCGCCUGCUGGGGCGGCCUCGACCUGCCGAACCUGGCGGGGGCGGAGCAGAUCCUCAGGAAGUGCCAGAUGUAUGAGUACGUGUACGUCAUGGGUACUUCUCGGGCGAUCGUGCUGGGCGACAGCGUGAUCUAUUUCCACUGCCAGAGCCUGGAGGUCCGAGUUCUUAGCGACUAUGCUGGCGAGAGCGCCACCGUCGCUCCGCUCGACUUUGAUAAUAUCAACGGCCUCUCGCUCCCGGACGAGGGUUUCAAGCUCGUGCCGCUUGACGCGCUGGGAGGAGGUGCUGACCGUGAGAUAGUCGAGCGGCUUCAUGAUAUGAUGUUGUCCCAGUCUGAGGGUCGUGCUCGGAUCGAGUCUGAGGGCCCCCGGAAGCUCUGCGCCGACCCGGCGCUGAGGAACCCCGAGCUGUGCGCCCAGCUGCUGCGGACCCCCGAGCGCGGGAAACUUAUCGAUGUUUACGACGACAAGUGUUGUAGCGUAGGUGCCUUUUUCGUUUACAGGAAAUCGGGUAAGCUGCGGCUCAUCCUGGACGGCAGGCACGCCUCCCUGCACUUCCAGGUCCCCAACACGGUCGCUCUCGCGUCGGGGGCGACCUUCGCCGGCCUCCACGUGGGCGGGGGCAAGCCCCUUGCGGUGGCGGAGGUCGACCUGGCGGAUGCGUUCUACACGAUGCCGCUGCCGCCGAAGUUCAGGGGCGAGCUGGUCUACCCGUGCUUCAGGUGCCCCCCGAUGGGCUGCUCUUUCAGCCUGUGGAUCUGCCAGGCGAUUUUGGAGGGGAUGGCCCUGAAGGUGCCCCAGCUCUCCCUCGCGAGCCGCUUCGUGGACCGCCGGCCUGUGGCGCAGGUGUCCGAGGCCGUGAUUCACACCGAGUACGUGGACAAUGCGAUCAGCCUCUCCACCAACUCGGAGACGGCGAUCGCCGCCGCGUCGGCCGUGGACUCGCAUCUUCGUGCGGCUGGGCUGCCUACCCACGGAGUUGAGUCUUGUUUUUGCGCCGUGGCGUUGGGCUGGCAGUUCGACGAGAAGUUCCCGAUCGUCGGGCUGAACCCAGCGCUCCGGUGGAAGCUGCGGCUCGCUUUCUUGGAGCUGUGCCGGAGGGGCUAUGCCUCGGGCAAUGCGAUCUCGCGCGUGGUGUCCCGCUUCACCUCGCGGGGGCUGAUUCGCCGCGAGUUUUUGUCUGCUCUCAACUCGCUGUGCGCUUUAUCUGCCCAGUACGGAGGGCCGGUCGUCGGCGUCGACAGCUUCGCGGGCCCGAAGGCCCCGAUCAAGGGGCCUCUGGAGGUGCCCAUAGAGAAGCCCGUCGAGGAGUCCGCGGUGGAGGGGGAGCUCGUGGAGGAGGAGAUGUUCGGUGGCAUCGAGGAGGAUGAGGAGUUCCCCGAAAUCCCGCACGACGUCUGGGCGAAAGGCUGGGCCCCGGUGGUAUCCCAUCGCUGGAGUCGUUCAGAGCACCAGGUUGUCCUGGAGGCCUGGGGCAUGGUCGUGGCCGUCCGUCAUGUUCUCCGACGCGUCUCCUCGUUCAAUCGAUGCCAUCUCUGCUUGGGCGACUGUUUGGGGGCCAUCCUGGCCGCCGCAAAGGGGCGCUCGUUGCGGCGGGAGAUGGGCCGCGUGCGCCGGCAGCUGGCGGCCCUUUCGCUGGCUAGCGGUGCGGCCUUCUUCUGGCGCUGGGUCCCCUCGGAGAGGAACGCGGCCGACCGCGCCUCCAGGAACCUGCCGGGCGUGGGCUAUGCUGCAGCGGCGGCGGGCCCUUGCGGCCCCAGCGCCGCCGCUGGCCGCCCCGGCCCUGGGCGUGAGCACGGUGGGCUUGCUGGCGAGGGCUGGCCCGACAGCCUACAGCGGGCCCCCGCCUGGCAUCCCCAGGGCGUGAGCUGGCGGGGUCGGAACCAGCGGUCGUUCCUCGAGCUGAAGGCCGUUGGGGACAGGACCGCUCUGGACUACCAGAUCCGAUACCAAGCUUUCCUGGCUAGGUCGGCGAAUGCGGGCCUGUCGGUGACGACCGUCCCGGGCCUGGAGGAGGCGCUCCUGGAGUACUUCAACCAGCUGUACUUCGACGGGCACGACUCGCCGGACGGGCCGAAGCUGGCGGCGGCGGUGGCGCACUUCCAGGCGCUGAAGGGCUGGAAGACUCUGGCGCCUCCUCGCGCCCGCCUGCCCCUGCCGUGGCCGGUCGUGGCCCUGCUGGCCGACUGGAUUGCGGCGAACGGCUUCCUAGCCGCAGCCCGGGCGACCGUGCUGACCUUCGCCCUCUACCUGCGGCCGUCGGAGACGCUGUCGCUGCGUGUCAAGUCGGUCGUGCGGCCGAUCAGGUCCGGUCCGCGGCAUCUGAGCAAGCGCUCGAUCCUGCUGUCCCCCGCGGAGCUCGAGGCAAGGUCGAAGACCGAGGACUACGACAUCAGCAACCUGCUGGGCAAUCCGGAGUUCAGUUGGGUCGACCAGAUGCUUGAUCGCCUCGUGAGGGGGCGUGCGGUCGACGCGCCCCUGUUCACCGUGGACAUGAGGUCGUGGGCGCGGACCCACGAGAUGCUGACGAACGCCAGGGAGUUCGGCGACAUCAAGAAGCGCGGGCGCUGGGAGGCCGACAGGCGCCUCAAGCGAUGCGCGUAA